AUUUCACACAAACCCCUCCUUUUUUUAUUUCCUCAGAAAACCAUUUUUCAUCAUCAAGAUCCAAACUUUACUUCAUUCAUGAACACCCAAUAUUCUUAACCUCAAAUCCCUGUUUCACUUUUCAAUUUUUUGAUAUAUUUUGGCCCAAAAUCCAUCUGGGUCUUAUUUGUUAAGACAAUGGCACCAAGUUCAGUGGUUGUCACUAUAGAUAAAUCAAGCAAUAUUUCGUUAGUAGAGCUUAAUGAUUCAGACACAUCUGUGUUUCUUGAAAAACAAAAAACAGCAAGUACAAAACAGUUUUCCUGGACGCUUUUACUAAAAGCUCAUAGAAUCCUGUCUUUUUUUCCAUGGGCUGCAAUGGGCUUUUCAAAAACAAUUAAAUCUGUUAGAAAAAGAAUUGCUUUAUCUGAUAAUGGCAGAGAUGAAGUUCAAUAUAAAGAAAAAAUAAUAUAUAAGUUUAUUAGAAUAUUUCUAGCUAUUUCAAUUAUUGGUUUGCUAGUUGAAUUCAUUGCUUAUUUUCAGAAAUGGGAUUUGAAUUUUAUUCAUGAAUUUAAUCCUACCAGUGAAGUUAUGGGGUUGAUGCAUUGGUCAUAUAUGAGCUGGAUAUCAUUUAGAGCUGAAUAUAUUGCUCCAUUUAUUAUGAAGCUAUCAGAAUUUUGUGUUGUCCUCUUUAUGAUUCAGUCACUUGAUCGGUUUAUACUCGGUCUCGGCUGUUUUUGGAUUAAGUUGAAGAAUAUUAAGCCGAAAAUCGAUGGUGAAGCUUAUGACAUUGAAGAUGCUUCUAGUUUUCCUAUGGUUCUUGUUCAGAUCCCCAUGUGUGAUGAGAGAGAGGUGUAUCAACAAGCAAUUGCAUCAGCUUGUCAACUGGAUUGGCCAAAAGACAGGAUCUUGAUUCAAGUCUUGGAUGAUUCUAGUGACGAACUUUUACAGAUUUUGAUUAGAAACGAAGUGAAUUUAUGGAGAGACAAAGGGAUUAACAUAAUUUACAGACAUAGAUUCAUAAGAACCGGCUACAAAGCUGGAAAUCUUCAUUCAGCUAUGUCGUGUGAUUACGUAAAAGAUUACGAAUUUGUUGCGAUUUUGGAUGCAGAUUUCCAGCCCAACCCUGAUUUCCUUACACUCACAGUUCCUCACUUUCAGGGGAAACCAGAUGUGGGUCUGGUUCAAGCCAGGUGGUCCUUCGUAAACAAAGAUGAGAAUCUGCUUACAAGGCUACAAAAUAUUAAUCUGUGCUUCCAUUUUGAGGUUGAACAACAAGUGAAUAGUCAUUUUCUCAGUUUCUUUGGGUUCAAUGGGACUGCUGGUGUUUGGAGGAUUAAAGCUUUGGAAGAAUCUGGUGGUUGGCUUGAAAGAACUACAGUUGAAGAUAUGGACAUUGCAGUUAGAGCCCAUUUACAUGGAUGGAAGUUCAUCUAUCUAAAUGAUGUUAAAGUCCUUUGUGAGUUGCCCGAGUCUUAUGAAGCUUACAAGAAACAACAACAUAGAUGGCAUUCGGGCCCUAUGCAACUUUUCAGACUUUGCCUUCCUGCUAUUCUUAAAUCCAAGAUAUCGAAGUGGAAAAAGGCAAACCUGAUUUUCUUGUUCUUUCUUUUGAGGAAACUCAUUCUACCGUUCUACUCAUUCACACUCUUCUGCGUGAUCCUUCCGUUAACUAUGUUCAUACCUGAAGCUGAAUUACCUAUUUGGGUUAUAUGUUACGUACCAGUAACCAUGUCUAUCUUAAACAUCCUCCCAGCACCAAAAGCCUUCCCUUUCUUAAUGCCAUACUUACUGUUCGAAAACACAAUGUCUGUCACCAAGUUUAACGCCAUGGUUUCUGGCCUGUUCCAGCUCGGAAGUGCAUACGAAUGGGUUGUCACUAAGAAAACAGGACGGUCAUCAGAAUCCGACCUGCUAGCUUUUGCAGAGCGAGAAUCAAAGAGUUUUAACGAAGAAAAGAUACAAAGACGAUUGUCAGAAUCCGGGCUUGAAAUGCUUGGAAAAUUAAAAGAACAAGAAACUCCUGCUGUGCCCAAGAAGAAAAAUAGGAUAUACAGAAAAGAACUAGCCCUUGCCUUUUUGCUGCUGACUGCAGCUACUAGAAGUCUUUUAUCUGCCCACGGUAUCCACUUCUACUUCUUGUUGUUUCAAGGACUUUCAUUUCUGGUUGUCGGAUUAGAUUUGAUUGGGGAACAAGUUGCGUAAAAAGUUCUUGAUGGAAACAAGGUUCCUGCCAAUGUGGGGAUUCAGGUCAGACACAGUUUGAUUUAAGGGGACUGUGCUGGUGAAUAUAGCUUGAUACUUGAGACAAUAUAUUAGAGAUGGAUUUUUUUUUGGUGUUAUUGUAUAAUUUAUCCGAAUUGGAUGAUUAAUAUGGGUUGAGACGAUUUAACGGGGUGAAUUACCACCCAAUACUUGGGCUCGAGGAACCAAUUAGGAGCGAGCUGUAUACAUUCCACAUGUAAUUUAUAUAUAUAUAUGUUUAAUUGAACUCUUUUAGUAACCGAUAAUCUAUAGAAACAAUCUUUUCUGUUAUCA